UUCAGUUAUGUACAACUACAACGGCUUGUUCAAUCAGCUGUUUGCUUGUGAUGAUUGAUUCCUAGCGCAAAACAUCGGUUUUAACGUCGCGAUAAUGGUUUAUCAAGUGUUUGUUCUCCUGUUCAUCCUGUAAAAUGUUCUUUUUGGGGUUGAUAUCGUUUGUGGUCGUUUUAGCAGUUUCCAUAACAUGGAUAAUUCCAAUAAUAAUUUCUUUGAUCCUAAGCAAAAAAUUGAAUGCCAGUGUGAAGAUUGGACGUUUUGGCAUUAUUUACCUAAAGUUAUAUGAUGUUGAAUACAUACAGAAUGGAAUCAAAGUGAAUAUUAAAGAAAUUGGUCUCAAUAGUAGUUUUUUCAAUGCUGAAGUAAAAAAACUAGUUACUUUGGUAACUCAGGAUGUUAGUAUUAGCUACACAGUGCAAAGAAAGAUAGAUUAUGCUGCAACACAACCUAAUGCAUUGGGAGAAGAAAAGAAAAAAGUUGAUUUUCGUAAUUCAAAGAUACCAGCAUCAUUGCCAACAUUUGCACAGUUUAUGGCUCUGCAUGUCUACAACAUAUCAGCGCUCAUCGUCUUUAAAGAUACUUUCUACAAUAGUCGCAAUCAAAAAGAAGAUAUUCAAAAUGUCUGCCUUUAUGCAGACGCAAAAGAACUGCACUUGGAUGGUUCAAUUGUGCAAAACUCACAGUCAUUGCUGGUCAAUGUCAAUUUAUUAGAAGCGUCUGCUCGAGCACUCGAUGCAAACAGUGUAAGUAGUACCGACGGUGCGAAAAUUAAAGAUGGCGAAUCGUUGGCGGAGAUUCGUUUUGCAAUUACCACGGAAGCGACGUUAAUCGCGCAGGGACCGCUGUCAUUCGAGAAGUUAUCAAUCGGGAUAUGGAAAACAAGUGCGAUUAUCACCGAGGGUUUGUAUAGGAUGAUUCAGAAGACUUCUAGUGAUCAUAAAACACAUUUUCGAACAUUGCCGGUUACAAGUAACACAGAUUCAAAGCAAAAGGAUGUGGAUUAUGAAGAGACAUUCACGCGCAUUGCUCCAAUUAUUCCUAAAAAUUUCGUAAUGCGCAUAGAUAAUACCUCAUUGCGUGGAGUGCGAAAAUUUGGCCACAAUGAUUUUGCAGCGACUUUGAGUAAUUUCCUCUGCAGUUAUCGAUUCUACGGUGCUACUGGAAAUUCUUUAAUUCCACACAUGUUGGCUUCUUUUGUGAUUGAUGAUUUGGUUGUGAGAAACAGUCGGGAACAGCUUAUUCUUUUAAAGAAGAUUAAAUUGGAUGCCAAAGUUGAUAAUUAUAUAGUAGAUUUAUAUUUAUUCCUAAACACGUUAAACGUUGCCUACGAUCAUGAGACAAUUUACACAUGGUUAUCAACGCACUUUAUGCAAAAGCGAAACAUUGCCACAUCGCAAUUCGCCGUAACACCUCCCAAAACGCCUGAAAAGUCUCUAAACACAACUCGCAAGUUUCUGCAACCUUACAUACUCAAUGGAUGCGCUGAACUUCUGAACGUAACUGGCCUUAUCAGAUUUAGCGACGAUAACAACGAUUACAUCUCUUCAGUAGGAGUAAACCUAGUUAAGUUUAUCCUGAAUCAAACCGCAGAUAGUACAAAUGCAAUAUCACAUGCGAAAUCAGGAUUUAAAAACUCACAACCAUCACCGGAUGUUUUGUUUGGUGAUCGUGUAUUCCAAACAGAAUUACUAGUCGAAAGUCUCUGCUGGAGUUUUAAGGAUUGUGCGCAGGAUUCGCACAUUUCGAAGAAGAUUCACUUUUGGGGCACGCCGCUGUAUUUAAACAUGGCGUUGAUUCAUUAUGAAGUAAGUUUAGAUGCUGAGGAGGGGCGAGGGAAGCUUGUGAAGGUGCAUAGUAUUGUGGAUGGGCUUCAAUUGGAGUGGUCGAAUACUUUGGCGGAAUAUACGGUGUUGGCAUUGAAGGCAUUCAAGCAAUAUGAUCGUCGUGUUUCUAAAAAUGUUACCAGUGGAUUAAAAGUUAGUGAUUGUGACAAGAAAGAUGUGCGGGUUAAUCUACAAGUUAAUUUACAUCAAGUGAAUUGCUUCUUUAAUUCAACUGAGAGUGAAAAUGAAUAUCUAGCGCUGCGUCUCGACACAAUAAAAUUCGACUAUGAAGUUCUCAAAUCAUCCGAAGUUGUUUCAUCACCGUCGCAUGUAUCAACGAUCCAGCUUGAGGAAAUUAAACUUUCCCUUGCAAAGAUAUCGCAUGCGUACUACACCUGCCAGAAAUGUGAAGACAUCAAAGAUUACAAACUCUACGCGCAAAUUAUCCGUGUGCAAAUACAGCAGCAGCAGCAACAACUGUACAAUCAACGUGACAUUCAUCUACAUCUCCUCAAUAAUAUUCAAAUGCAAUGGUGUCCGAACUCGCACCUCAAACUCUUAUAUUUAAUUCGAGAUAUUCGCGAAUUUAUCGAAUUGUUUAAUCAGGAAAAAGUACGAUCAAAAACCAGUACAAAAACGACGAAUUUAGCGUUAGAUAUAUUAGGAAAUGUUAACAUUGACAUAAAAGUAUCACAAAACCACAGUAUUAGGUUGUCUUUUGACGAAAUGACUAUGAAUUACUUGAGUGCCAAGUCACAUGAUAUCUUGAACAAAGAUACUCCGAAAAUUACGCUCUCGAAUUCACAGUUUUCAAUAUUUAUUGAUGACGCGUUGGUUUUUGCGCUAACUGGAAUAUUUCUUCAGCCGGUUACCGAUGCAAACGUUCUGGAAUUAGUCAGAGCCGAACGACUUGACACUGAGACGUUCAACACCGAUUGGAAUGAUCCACAAAUCUUAGAAAUCGCUUCGUUGAAAGCAAUAUUUCCCUAUGAGCAUAGUUUUGCUGAUGCAAUCAAUAACGACUUUGUAAGUUUAGUUAAAUGGUUGAAACUAGUACAUAAACCACUUGAUAAAGACGAUAAAGUAAAACCAAUGCAGAAAAGUAUAUUACCGCGUGAUUUAUUAAUCAAUAUCAAAGAGUUUGUGUUUGAAAUGUCUGAUGAUCCGUUCGAAAUUAAACUGCGAGAUAAUUUUGAGUUACUAGUUGAUGAGUAUCAUGAGAGUUUGAAAAGGAGAAAGAAACUAGCGGAUAAAGUUGAUCAAUUAGUGAUGAAACACUUACAUCUGCCAGCUGGGAAGGUGGAGGAGUUAUAUGCAAACCUACAAGAGAAGAACGCGCAGAUUUAUAUUCAACGGAGUAAACAAUUGAGCAAGGAGGAAGGACAACGCAGGCGACUUUUUGCAUGGACGUGUACGAAUGUAGAGUUGAUGAUUCUAGCGGAUGAUUCAAUCUAUGGCACUGAGAAUAUUGUAAGGGUAAUGAGAGAAAUUGAUUGUGAUACACCGUGGCCAGAGGAACCGCUGGAGUUUUCAACGCUUUGGUGUCGUAUGGUGUCCCUACGAUGCGAGGAGUGGAAAUUUCAACUGAGGGAUUUUCCGCAACCAUUUUUACUCAUACAACAGUGGUAUAUUUCUGGGAUGCUGGUUGGAGCCGAGCAGCUAGCACCAAAAAGAGCUACACGGGAUGUAUACAUCGAUUUAGGUCCGCCAUUUUCUUCGCCGUUAAUAUCACGCUCCUUGCUUCCCCUGAAAUUCUACCAUGACUUCAACAGUGAGAUUUCAUCCUUUUCCUACGCAUUUGGUCCAUGCUGGGAACCUGUCAUUGCGCAAUGUAAUCUCUCAUUCGAGAAAAUCUUCCAACCAUCUCGAGAUCCAUCACCGCCAUUACCUUUCUGGGACAAAAUGAGAUUACUCCUGCAUGGAAGACUUACAAUGGAAGUACAACAACUCACCGUAUUACUACACGCAUCGCUGGAUCCGUAUAAUACAACUGAAGAAAUGGAGUUGACUUGGAACAAUGUUAUUAUGGAUUGGACCAAUGGACGGUUUGUGUUUAAAGGUGACUUCAACAUUUUUGUGCGCACUGCGUCCAAAUAUGAUGAUUGUCAGUUGCUACAUCUACCAAAUUUGAAAUUGGUUGUUUCUCUUGAAUGGAUGUCCUUGGGCGAUCCGAGAGAUCAUCAUAACGUGAUACAAUGCGCGCCUGAUAAGAUUCCGGAAUAUUCUAGCAAUACCAGGCAUGAUUCAUUCAGAGCGUUUAGGUCCCAGAAUGUAAACUUAUCAAUCACAUUGGAAACUAAGUCAGGAAAAGGUGGGCAAGGUGAAUUCCCCGGGAGUAUGUCAUCUGUAAACACGGAUUACCCUAAAAUGCAAACAGUUGAAAAGUUUCCGAUGUUAUCUUUGUAUGGUUCAACACUCAGGUGGUUCGAGAACUUAAAACUAAUUCUACAAGGCGUGACACGCCCUACGCGACGUGGAAGGAUAUUUAACAACUUACGCCCGAGGAAACUGCAACUUUCAAGGCAUUAUAAGAAGGUGCAUCUGUUGCUUGGUCUGCAUAAGUUUCAGGUGUGUUAUUGGAUGUCUUUCGCCAUGCAGCGCGGUUUGCAACUCUUAGGAGGACAUCUGGCAUCUACCUCUGAACAUAUUUUAUCUUUGCUGCCAGUUGAUGAUGGUCUGGUGCAUCGUCCCAAAGCGGAAUGGUCGAUUGUCUACGUCACUUCCGAGUUGAGCGAUAGCGAAAUCUGGUUGAAGAGCGCUUUGCUUCCCGAUGAUUCUCUGGAUGAUGUUGAAGGAUACCUCAAACAACCCGUUGAGAAGUGUUAUUGUUUAUCGGUGGCGAAGGUGAGCUAUGGUAGAGAACCCCAUAGAGAGUACGGAAGGACCGGAAGAGAAGACACGCCUACUCAUAGAUUGGUUGUGUAUGAUCUUAAAGGCGCAUGGACACAGAGUAAUCGAAAUGUAGUCUUUUCGCUGUUUGAUACUUUUAUGAAGAACAAACAAAUGAAGAAGAAUUUGUCAACGGAGGUGUUAAAGGCUGUGAGGAAGGAUCCUACAACUACGCCAUUAAAACGCAGGACUGGAGGAAGUGCUUCCCAAGAGGGUGUUGGAGGUGAUGAUUCCACAGGGGCGAGCACAGGAGGUGUAAUUGCGGGUGCCGCGGGAAAUUCAGCGGGGAUAUCACAAAAGUUGGAGUCUGGGCAAGCGGCAACAAUGUUACAGCAGUUAAUUGCCGAGGCUGAGAACAAAAGCGUUGUUUUUAGUGAUGAUUUGUCGUCGGCUACAAGGCAGCAGCAUUUGCAAGGCCCUCAAGCUUGUCAGGAUGAUGAUAUUUUACAUAAAAAUUGGAAUAUUGCUUUGGUCAACGCUCAAGUUCUCUUAAAAGGAUGCGAAACCAAAGGGUAUGUAAUUCUUUCCGCGGCCAAAGCUGAAAUUAUGCAGAGGAUUCAUCGACCAGUUUGGAAGGAGUGCACGCUGGUGUCGAAGACAACUUGGGUAGGUAAUCUCGAAUGCAUGCAGUAUUAUGCAACAGUAAAUGCAGGUGGUGAAAAUGAUGAUUUGAAUGAAAAUAUUAUGUGGUUGACUGUUGAUAAUAUCCAAGAGAAGGAAUGUACUGUAAUAUCAGAGAUUCCGCAAGUUCCCAAUAUGGUGGGCUGUGGAGUUUCUGUUGGCGCUGUUGUUUCCGAUACUGUUGGAGCUUCAACACCGAAUAGUGAUUCGCCAGUGCAAUUACAACGAAUUGUCUCCCGCUGUAAAUGCGAAUUCUUUUACGUUGGCUAUGGUGAUAUUUCUGUGGAUCCCGCGACUCUACACGGCGAAUUACCGCCACCACCUCAAGAGGAAUUUGAGCCUUUUUUUCGGCCCGGACAGAGCGCCGUCAACGCGUUUACGCUUAUGCAUCAUGACUUGGAUUGUUCAACAAACUCUCUGCAGUAUACAAUGUUAUUGGAUAUUAUAAAUAAUUUACUCUUGUUUGUGGAUACGCAUCGUAAGGAGGCUUUGGAGCGUCUGCAAAGGAUGCGGUUCCAAUUGCAGCUGCAAUCGGUUGAGGACCAGCGGAAACCGAUUUUAAUUUUACAAACUAAGGUUCGUUCAACAUUAUCUCGCCUUAGGCGUCUUGAAAAAGAAACCUAUUUGGUUCACAAAGCGCUUGCCGAUGAAACCUCUCCAGAACUGGAAGAGGAUCUUCUCGAAUUAGAGCAGCAGGUGCACGAAUGUAAAAGCCUUCUGAAUAUUCAAGCUGAAGAACUUGAUAUAAUGCUAUCCUGUUACAAAGAGUCGCAACUGUUAGCGACUUCACGUUUGUCUACAACGCGCAAUGACAAACCGCUUAAGAUUGUCAGGGCAAACGAGAUCUUUUUCAAGCAUGCACAGUGGCGACUAACGGAAGCCGACGGGCAGAUUGGUAUUGCCGAUUUGGUACUGACUAACUUCUUGUAUACCAAAAACUCUAAAAGCGAUGAUAGUGUGGAGCAUCUUUUGGAGUUGGGCUAUGUGAGGAUGACCAAUUUGCUGCCGAAUCAAAUUUACAAGGAGGUGUUAUUACCUACGGAAAUUCAGAGUAAUAUGCCUGUAGAACAUAAGAGGGUUGUUAGAAUAUUCUGCCGUGAAAAACCACCUGUAGGUGGUAUAUCUGUGAAAGAGCACUUUGAGAUCAACGUGGUGCCAUUGACAAUAGGCCUCACGAAGAAGUUUUACGAUACCAUGUUAAAGUUUUGCUUCCCCGAACGCGAUCCGGACAACAUCGAUGGAGAGCAACGAGCAGGUACAUCCACCAACGAUGAUAUUGACGACAACGUAUCAAUUAAAGGAACAAAAAAGAAAAUAAAACGUAACCGAGAUUCCAAUUUUUACGUACACAUCGACGACGUAGAAAAAAUGAAGGAACGUGCUGAAAAGAAUAAAUUGUUUAUCUAUAUCAAAAUCCCGGAGGUGCCUGUGCGAUUGUCUUAUAAAGGCAACAAGGAAAAGAAUCUUGAAGAUAUUCGAGACUUUUCUCUGGUUAUUCCCACAUUGGAAUAUCACAACGUCACUUGGACCUGGUUGGAUCUGCUGUUAGCGAUCCGCAGCGAUAGUAGGAAAGUGAUAUUAUCACAGGCUAUUAAGCAAAAGUUGCAGUUCAAGAGGAACAUUGUUGGGGGAUCGUCACUUGAUGAAGGAUCAUCACCACAUGAGGAGCAGGACAAGGCGAAGAUGUUAUUUGGGACAACGCGUCAUAUGGACAAGCCAAAGAAGACAGGUGUUUUUAAGUUCGGUAAAUAAUGAAAAUUGGGCAAUUUAAUCUUUUCUAGCAUAAUCACUUGAGUGACCUUUGCAGUGGCUCGCCAACCCAUUCAUCCUCCCCUAAGUAAGCCAAAGAUAGUAAUGUCUAAGAAGUUUGUUAUCAAUAGCAAAUAUUGAGAACAAAAUUAGUGUUGAUGUGCAGAGUGUCCAUAGUAUCUUCAAACUGAACUUGUGUCCUCCUUUGCUUGAUUUUUGCCGUAAGUUUACUUCUUAUUUAAGUAAAACAUGACAAUAGAAUAAACCAUUUUAAAAGUCUAAAAAGCAAAGCAUAAUUAAACUAAUAUCAAACAAACACAAUUGAAGAAGUUCUUACCACGAAUACUAGUUGAUUAUUAUAAAUGGCGUAGUUUCCCAGAGGCAAUUCGAACACUUUACGCAGAUUUAAAUUCAUAAAAAUUAAAAAUUUGACACUUUGCGCAUCUCCAUCCCAUGGCACCGAAUAAAAUGUAGCAUAUUGAAAUUCUUCUCCCUGCAAAAAGUUUUAUUUGCCUAACAGAUAAUUAUCUUGCGGUUACAUACCAAUCGCUUCAUUUCUUCUCCGAAAAACCCGAAAACAGAAAUACCUACUACGUAAAUAGUCAUGUGAAAAAUAGAUAUCGCAUCAAAUUUCUAAAAUAAAACCAUUGAUUGAUAAACAGUAUCAAACUAUUAAAUACAUACAUUUAAUUGUGAUAUAAUAAUUAAUGCAAUAAUAAUUGCAGAGGUCAAAUAUUGCAUCAACAAGGGCCACUUGUAGCAUUCAACAAUAUUAGUCCAAGAACUAAAAUUUCACGCAUUUUUGUCAUUUGAAAUGAUUACAAAUAAUUGUAUGUUGCUUACUGUGUAACAUAUUGAUGCAUUUUAUGAGCUUGUAAAAGUCUUCUUUGCCGAAGCGGUUUUCCAUGAGUAUGUUGAACCUUUUGUAGAAUCAAAAUGAACUCUUCCAAAUUGUCCUCCGUAAGCUUACGUACAAUAUCCAACAGAGAAAAUAUUAACAGGAUCCCAAUGGUAAUGUACAAUACCAUAAUCACCAUCAAGAAAUUAAAUAGUUCGCGAUACGGUCGUUGGCGUACAUCAACAAGUAAAUACUAAAACAAUCUCAAGUUCUAAUGUAAACUUAAAAACUUUGUCUCAUCGUACAAUUGCAUAUACAAGCCCACAAUCAAUUUGUUUGAAAUUUUUCUCACAGUCCAUGUGCUCAAAAUAUAUGUAACCAGUGGCACUUACAAACAUCAUAAGAAUAAUUCCUGUUUUUAUUAUCAUAGCGUGGGGAAUUAAUUUCCCUUUGAGUUUACUUUUUGAAUAAGCAAACUGAGGGUUGCUUUCCAUAUAUGUAUAUACGUACUUGCUUUCUUCUGAAUAAUUUUUAAACACAUAGAUUAUAUAGUAUGCAAACAAUACUGACGUAAACCAAGAUAGAUUCAGUGCGAGUUCGCGGAAUGGAACACCAGAAACUUAAACAUAAUUUAUUCAAUUUCAAUUCAAAAAUCCUGGUUUUAGGCGUACUUACAGUACGACUUGAUUAAAUAUGCCACAUUUGCAAAUGUAGUAACAAAAACUGCAAAGUUGUAAAUUAAGUUAAUCACUUUAGACCAUCCAUCCUUAGUGGGCCAAUAAAAUCUAGUGGCGAGCUCAUAAGCAAGAAAGUCUUCCUUUUUAAACCACAUUUUCUCUUGGAGUGAACGAAAAUGUACGCAGCAGAAGGUACACAUUUACAUAUUUAUGAUAAUUAUCAUGAUGCUGAUUAAGAUAUUUAUUAAUGUAAUAAUUAGCUAUAUAAAAUAUGAAAUAGUCUACUGAUAAGUGAUAGUGAUACUAUAUUAGAUUUUGAUUUGUAGUUCAUAUCGAGGGUUUCUUGUUAGAUUAGACUUCUGAUAGAAGUACAUUUGUUGUUUUGCGGACAACUUCUCUUUCUCUUUCUUUUCCUUUAUUAUUAUUAUGAGUAAAACCCUCUCUAAUGCUAUUUACUUAAUAUUUGUAAUUAACUAAAGAAUUCUGGUAGCAUUUCCUAAUCGGACUUCUCCAAGUUUAGGCCUUUCUAGAGACCAGUCCGAUAAUUUGAAUUCUUUCUAGGUAACGGACCGGUAAAACGCAUAUGUUGUGCAUAUCACUACAUAAUAUAAAGUAAAAGUAGUCAUUAAAAUCGAAUUACGAAUUACAUCUGCUUUCGCCGAAUUCAGCCUUCAAUUUGAUCGAUUUGUAUAUUUUAAUAUAAUUUAGAUCAUUUAGAUAUACAAUUACAACAAACAAUUGAAAAAGAACUUACAAACAAACUUUUCUACAAAAUCGUGACGUUUUAUUUAGAUUGUUAUUUAUAUUAAUCUGACAAUGCGUGCCGUGACGUGAUUUACUCGCAAUUGAAACAGUUAAAAAGCCUAGCCGCACUCUGCCCGCGCCCGUUGGUCGCAACCUGUCGUAUUAGUGUUUAUGCGCUCGACUAGCAUGUACUAAGUGCCGAAUAUUCCGCGCUUCGGCCGACAGCAUUGCCGAAUAUUCGGUAUAUUGUGAACAAUAUUAGUGUUGAUGUGCAGAGUAUCCAAAUAUUUGUGCGUUAAAGUGUUUACUUAUUUAGAUGUCAAAUAUUGCACCAACAAGGGCCAUUUGUAGCAUUCGACAGCAUUAGUCCAGAAUCAAAAUGAACUCUUCCAAAUUGUCCUCCGUAAGCUUACGUACAACAUCCAACAGACAAAAUAUUAACAGGAUCCCAAUGGUAAUGUACAAUUCCAUAAUCACUCUCAAGAUAUUGAAGAGUUCACGAUAUGGUCGCUGGCGUACAUCAACAAAUAAAUACUAAAACAAUCACAAGUUAUAAUGCCAA